AUGGAUUACUUUGGUGCAGGGCGUCGUCAGUCCGGUCACUCGUCCUAUGCAAUGUUGUUCAACAGCGCAUCAAGAUCUGGUGAGCUGGGCUCGGAGCACUCCAUGAUCCCUUCCGAUGCGGCAACCAAGCGCAACUAUACAGUCACCAGCUUCACAAGUGCCCAUGACCGCAAGUUCGAGUAUACGAAGUUCGAUUUUAGCAAUGAAUUGCCGCCAUCAGAUCCUAUAUCGACUCCCCAAGAAACACCGGAACAGUCCAAGCAGGCAAUUCGAACAGGGUUCUGGGCCAAUUCUUCGAAACUUCUUCCACAUCUUGUCACCACCGCGGUGACCGCUGUGGUUGUGGGACUGAAUUUUCGCAAUGUUUAUUGGAUGGAUUUGAUGGCUCCGAAUGUCCAGAUUCUUCCUGGAAUUACCCAGGACGGUGCUUUGAAUGCACUUCAGUUGGCGGCUAAGCUACAUGAGCUGCUGCUUGUUGCUUCUCUGGGGACCAUUGUCUUGCAUGUGGCGCACGCUCAUCUGACUGGAAAUCACGGCCUUCCCCUGGGGCUCCUCACGAACGCCUUCUCCAUCGGGUCAGGCGACUUCUUGCGCACGAAGGCUUUCUGGACGUCCGCAUGGACCUCGAAAGCACACUACUGGCGCUUCUGGCUUCUGUCUCUGCUCGCCACCAUCCUGGCCACCCUUUCGGGACCAUCCUCUGCUAUUGCGAUCAUUCCCUCUUUGGAUUGGUUCCCUGUUCACCAUCCAUUCGAGAACGAAGUCCUGCCAUAUUACGUGUUCAACGAAAGCACCGCUUUGUGGCCUGAGCGUGUCACAGCCUCGAGUGUCAACAGUGCAGACUCGGGCGUUGACUGCUUGGAAGCUGCCUUGACCACCCAGGUCCAAGACAUCUGCCCUGCGGGUGACUUCCGUGAUUUAUAUAGUUGGGCAGGCAAUCUUCUCUUCGUCAACUCUUCCACUGGUUCCAACGUCUCCAUCCCCGACGUACGAGGUGAUACCCGGCGAGUCCUCUCAACUCAAUCCUGCAAGAGCGAUUUCGACGGAAGAGCAUCUGGCAUGUCGCUCAACACAUUCAUCACAGGCGCACUUACGCAAUGGUGGCAAUUUGCCCAAGACAAUUACAAUGGCCUAGGCCUUGAAGUCGCACGGCCACGCCUCACCCUGAAGAACCAGAUCUUUGCACCCAGAGUUGAAGUCAUGUGCAAUGGUUUCAAUUACUUCACUACCACAGAAGUUGAAGAUAGGAAACCUGUAAAGUUUCCAAGCUUGACGCCAAACACCACUUUUUCGAACCGUGACUUCCAGCUUCCAUACAACGGGACGUACAAUGCAACGGAUGUUCAGUGGGUUAAAAUGCCCCCAGGUCCCGACAGCCCGACUCUAGGGGCCGCAGUUCGUAUUCCCUGGAUCUAUUUUACAAACGCGAGCACGACAGAGACGAGGCAAGCAACGGCAAUCCAUGCCUGCAGCAUCUAUGCCCAAUGGGUGCCAGUAUAUGUUUGGUAUGAGCCAAGGACGAGUGACCAGGUUUCAUACUAUACACAGGGCGAACUGCCAAGUACCUGUCUUGACAUACCGCGGGUUGCUAGCGUAGACAGCCCGACCCGUAACAUGACUAUCGAUCAACAGUACGCCGACGCCAUCAACCAACCCAUACCCUUCAGCGAAGGAAACAUACCCGCAAUACAAGCAAUGCUUAACCAGCUAGUCUUUGAUGAAGGUGUCGUUGCACCCACGAAUCAGACCGGCGUCGUCUUCAAGUGUCCUCUUGUCGCCAACGUUAACGGCAGCGACUACAUCCCAGCCACAGAAGAGGAGACCAGAAGAAGCAGAGCAACAGUGAUAUCGACCAUGCUCGCUGGAGUCAUGACAGAUGGCCUCGCGCGUAUAGCUGGGAAUGGCAUCUAUCCUUAUUCAGCUGCGAUGUUCUUGACGAACAGAACAGAUUCUUCCGGCGGAUUGGUAGGGCGGUUCGUGGUCUCAUCCGCAAAGGGUGGACAGGACGAAUCGUUGAAUGCCACUUCGGCAGAGGUCAACGAUUGGCUCAGUAUUGACCCCGAGUUUGCUCGAUUCGGAUAUGGGUAUCGCUACCAGGGGUCCGCGACGGCGCAGUUUGGAAUUGUGAUCCUCCUAAUCCAUGUUGCCCUCGCCACGGCGCACACAGCCUUCAUUUUGUACAAAGUACUUUUCGCGAGGGAGGGCUUGGUCGGUUCUUGGACCACUGUAGCAGAACUGCUCGCUUUGGCGAUCAACUCAAGUCCAUCGUCGAGGUUGCAAAAUACCUGCGCCGGAGUAAGCACAACGAAGACCUGGAGGGAAGAAAUCUCCGUGAGAGAAACACAUACCGGGCACCUUGAGCUGGUGGUCGGCCCCGAGGACAAGGCUCGAUACAGACCACCGCAAGCUGGUCUUACCUAUGGGCAUUUGGUUGACUGA